AUGUCCUGGCUUUGCCGGCUCCCAAAGCGGCCCUUUGAGGUCAGUGAGAUAGGCCUCCAAGGCGUGCCGCCUGAACCUGCAGCUGAUCAAGUCGAUCGAGCUGUCGAGAGGCCACGUCGACGUUUGAGGCGGCUGGCCGAGGAGAGGUCAGAGUCGGAGCUCUUUUGGGAUGCGCCGGAGAGCGAAAGGGAAAGGCCACACGUAGAUCCCGGCAACAUCGACCUUUCCGACGAGGCCCCACCUCCGAGCCUUCCCGGGGUCGGCGCUCCCUUCCGGUUUCAGUGGCGCACGGGGCCCACUGAUGCAAGGGCCCCGGAGCCCUCGGAGCCCUCGGAGCCGGUGGCGGUGCCUUCAGAGUCCGCGAGCGGAUCCGAAGGAUCCGGCAGACCCAAGGAGGGAUCGAGCAGCGGUGUCAACGGAGAUGGCCUGGAGACCGAGGCUGUAGAACUCCUGUCCUCGCCGCCGCUUGAAGCGCAGCGCAUGCCGGAAGACUUGGGAAGACGACCGGGAGAUCUUGAGAGCCGCAGCAGCCCAGCUCGUCGACGUGCUCUGCCUCCAAGCUUUGCUUCGCACCCUUCCGCAUCAUCUACCAUGCUUCCAGUGCUGGAGAUCCCUGAGAGCGACAGGCCGGGCCUUGCCGCGGUGCUCAUCGACGAAGGGACGGAGGAGGAGGAGGUGACAUGGGCCAGGCCCCGAACCCCCGGCAGCCGCCGGUGCCGGCGCUCCACUGGGGGAGAGGAUAUGCAGAUUGCUCGACUCCUGCAGUUGGAGGAAGCGGCGGAGGCCGGGGUGCUGCCACAGGAGCUGCUUGGGGCGCUGCCCAGGCCGUGCAUUGCGGGUCAUUGGCGCGAGUCGCCAAUGGACCGUACGCUCAUGGCUGCUGUCUCACAAGGGGGUGCGCUGGCGACAGCAGUGGCUGAAUCAGUCGACCGACAGAGCGCCAGGAUCCGCGGUGCACGCCGGUUCGCUGUUACAAGAGCUGCUUGCACUAUGAUCUGCCGUGGAUGCCACUCUGACAUACUGCCUGGGUGCCUGAUGAUCGUGUGCAAAAGAGAUCCGUUGGGUCAUCGAACUCAUCCUGCACAUCUGGCGUGUCUGCCGCUGAUUCGGGGGCUGUCCAGGCAGUCUGCAGGUCCUGGCCACGACGACGUGCAGUUCGAUGCUGGUCUGGAUGCUGCUGCCAGGUCAGCAGCCAUCUUGGCAGUCGAGCAGCUCCCGGGGCCCGCCGGCGCUUUUCCCCCAGAUCUGCAAGCAAUGUCGGCGGGAGCCUUCCCGGAGGAGGACCUUGUGCCGGCCGAAGCACCGAGCUCCGCUCGACGAGGUGGAGCUGCCAGGGGCACCUCCCGCCGGCGCCUGCAGAGUCAGCUCCAGGCACGGCUCCAGAACGGCGGCGAUUUCACGGCUGAGGACUACGACCUCCUACUCCAAUUGGACGAGAGCUCCAGCAGUGGUGCGGCAAGGGCAGAGGAGAAGUGUCUCCAGCAAAGUCUCGUCGCAGCGCUUCCUCUGUCGAAAGUGGCUGCGGGCAGCACCAUUGCUCAGUGCAUGAUCUGCCUCGAAAACAUGGAGGUCGGAGCCAAGAUACGAACUCUCCCUUGCAUGCACGUUUUUCACCGCAAAUGCAUAGAUCGAUGGCUGUGCGAACCCGGGCGUAAACCUCGGUGUCCGAUCGAUCAGGUCGAAGUGCGGUUGGCCCCGGGCUGA